AAUAGUAAUGCGAGUUCGGAAUUUUGGAGGCGUUUUAGUGGUUGUUUUAAUAGCAAGGAUAGUUCAGGCUUAUAGAGACUUCACAGAUGAUGAUAAUCUUUUGACUUUCAAUCUUUCAGAUUCUGAGUAUAACGAGCAGCCUACUUUUAUAAAUGUGAACAUUAAUGAUGAGUUUCUAUCAAGAAAAUUGCUAAUUGAUAUGAGCUCUUAUAGAACUAUAAUCUUUGAUGAUGAAGAGUUAAAGCCUCCAACGGAGCAGAUCAUUUAUAGAAAUGUAAAUGAGCCGUUAGAUGUAACAAGAGAUGAAGUAACUUUAAAGUUAAUAGGAACAAGAGGUCCUCUCAAUUCCAAAGACUCUAAGACAGAGACAGUAUCUGUCCCACUUGAGAUCUAUAGAGGAACAAAAACAGAGGAACAUCGAGCUUUGAAGUUUGACGGAAUUCUUGGGAUAGCUUCUUUCCAAGAUGAUGAUCUAAUCUCUCCCUAUUCUUUCCUUAAGCAGCUGGUAAAGAAUGGAAUAAUCAAUUAUGAAUCGUUUAGGUUAGACAAUAUGGUAUUUAAUGAUAAUGACCAGCAAUAUCAGAGCACAAUAUCUUUUGGGUUUGAAAACAACCCAAGCACUGAAAAGUAUCUCUUGGCCGAUAACCCAAUUCCCAAGUUCAGCAAGAGUCUUCAAGAUCCAGUGCAUAUCUAUGAUAUCAUUAUUAAAGAUGUUGGGCUUAAAGAUGUAGAUAUUCUAAACUAUUUUGAUAUCUCAGAUUAUGACGACUGGAGUAAAAACAAAAGUUCUUACAGCGAGGUGAUACUAGACAGUGCAGUUCCUUUUAUUCAGCUUCCAGAUAAGGUCUUUGGGUAUUUCCAUAAGACAUUCUUUGAUGACAACUGACAUCAGCCUAUAAAUCAAAAGCAGGCUUCUUGUAGCUGUGUAGGAAGCGAUUAUGGUGGUCUCCCCUCCAUAAAUUUCAAGUUCAAGGACUAUCUUAGAUACACAAUAGAGCCAGAGGAUUAUAUGACUCCCCCAAGAAUAAAUGUGACCACAAGAGAACCAUAUUGUAGUCUUGGAGUGUAUUCAUAUUGGAACGAUACACAUCCUGACAAUGUUGGAUUUGGCAGAUACUUCUUCAACAGAUUCAAGCUCUUCGUAAAAGUUGAUAGGGUAUCUGGAAUUUAUACAGUCGGAUUUGAGAAGGGAGAAAGUUACAGAUCCCUUGCACUCAUUUUGCCUACAGUGUUGUACUACGUUAUCGUCAUUGGAAUUUUGAUUACCCUUGCAAUUUGGUUAUCAAUAAAGAAAUACAGAAGGUUGGAAGCAGAGAAGAAGAAAGAGCAUCCUCUGCUCCAACCAAAUGAGAAAGUUGAAGAUCUUAAAGAUGUCAGUAAGGCCCUCAGAAAGAUGGACUUCAAUAUGAACAUGAGUGCUUAUAACAAAGUUUUUGAAAGGCAAGGGAAAACAAAAUCUAGCUAAUUUCCAAUAAUCUUGGUUCAAU